AUGGCAGGAGGAUUAAACAAGAGAUCAAAAAAGGUUGAUAUCGGAGGAUUAAUCAAACAAAGACGUGUUGAAAAGAGAUUCAAGAACAAGGACCAAAAAAAGUUUGAUAAAUUACUUCAAAAUAAAAACAUUACUAUUGAUGGUUCAGAUGAAGAAGAAGAUAUUCAAUUGGAACAAACUGAAGUACCAAAAUCAAAGACUACCAAUGUAAAGAUUGAUCAAAAUAAUGAACAAGAUCAAGAUGAUGAAUUAGAUUUUAUGAAUCAAGAUGGAGAUGAAGAUGAUGAAGAAGAAAUGGAUCAAGGAUCAGAAUCUGAAGAAGAAGAAUCAGAGAAUGAAGAAUUAGAUUCAAAAGAAAAAGAAUUAUUAUCAAAAAAGACAACUAUGGUUGCCGAUCAAGAAUCUAAAAAGGUUAAAUCACUCAAAGAUCAAAUUCAACAACACAAACAAGAUUUGGAGAAAUUAAAACAAAAGGAUCCAUCACUCUUUUCUUUUCUUGGUGAAAAUGAAAAACAUCUUUUAGAAUUUGGUCAACAAAAUGAAUCAGAUGAUGAUGAUGAAGAUGAAGAAUCAGAUGAUGAUGAUGAAGAAGGUGAAGAAGAAGAAAUUUCAGAACCAAAACAUGGUAGAGGAGAAAUUACAAAUGAAUUAAUGGAUCAUUGGAUUUUAAUGACAAGAAAAGAUUUGACAGUAAAGAAUAUUAAAAAGGUAUUGUCUGCAUUCAAGACUGCCGCUCAUACUGGUACUGGAGAGACUGAUGGAGACAAGAUGCAACGUGUAAAGGGACAAGAGACUCUUACCUCUCGUCAAAUGAACAUGCAAAUUACAAACAGUCAAGUAUUUAACCAUGUAUUGAUUCUCGCACUCGAGAACCUACCAGUGUUUUUCGAUACCUUUAUCGGGUAUGUUGCCGAUGUCGAAGAGACUGCCAAACCAAAAUUACCAUCAACCACUGAAAAAUGGACUCAAAUCGAACCAUUGGCCAAAGCCUAUGUUAAAAAUCUUAUUCAUCUUUUAAAACAACUUUCUGAUCCAAAAAUGUCUCUUGUCGUUCUAAAAGGUCUUGUAAAGGUUAUUUCUUAUGUCUCUUGUUUUGAAAUUCUCCCAAAUAAUCUUUUAACUAUUUUGCUUGAACUUUGGGGAUCAUCAAAUGAAUCAGUUAGAGUAUUUUCAUUCCUUUGUAUUAGAAAGAUUGCAAUUAUGACACCAUAUCCAUUUAUUGAUAGUUGUUUAAAGGGACUUUAUCUUACCUAUGUAAGAAAUAGUAAAUUUAGAACCGUCGAAUCAUUGCCAAUCAUCAAUUUCAUGGUAAACUGUGUUGUUGAAUUGUUUGGUCUCGAUUUCUCAUCAUCUUAUCGUCAUGCCUUUAUCUAUAUUCGUCAAUUGGCUAUCCAUCUCCGUAACACUCUAAACGACACCACACAUGCAUCGGUACUAAACAUUUACAAUUGGAUCUAUGUUAGUGGUCUUGGAGCUUGGGUUGAAUUGGUUUGUGCCUAUCCAAAACAAGAACAACUCUCUACCCUCAUCUAUCCAAUCACUCAACUUUUGGUUGGUGUCAUCACUCUCAAACCUUCUGCUCAAUAUUUCCCACUUGUUUUUACUUGUUGUAAAAUGUUAAACAAAAUCUCUCAAUCAAAUGAUAUUUUCAUUAAUACUAUUCCAUAUUUAUUAGAAGUUUUGUCAUCAAAUUUAUUUUCAACAAAUGCAAAGACAUCAAGUGGUAAAUUACAAGUAAAGAGUAAAUAUCUAAACUUUUUGACAACGUUGUCAAUUAAAGAUUCAUUACUUCGUACCAACCAAUUGAGAGAAGGAUUGAGAGCACAAUUACUUGAAGUAUUGUCAGAAUCAAUCUAUGUUCACUCUUAUCAUAUUGGAUUCCCAGAAUUGGUUGUGCCAGCCAUCACUCACAUUCAACGUCUUGUCAAGAGUAAUACCAUCAAAAAUAUAAACUUUGUCAAUGACCUUAAAAAUAUUGUUCGUGCCAUUAAACAACAAGCCAACUCGGUAAAGGUUGCUCGUGACAAGGUUAAAUUCUCUCCAAAAGAUUCAAAACAAAUUGAUCAAUUUGUUGAAUCUCUUAAACAAAAAUCAAAAUCAAAUGCUAUCAAAACUGUUUUGGAUGCAUUUGUUAGAAAGAAUCUUAAAACUCAAGAAGCUCUUAUUGCUUCAAAACAAUUAUAUGAUGGUCAAGAUGAUGAAGAAGAAGUAAAACCAAAUAAGAAAAAAUCAACCAAACAAGUUGAAAGUGAUGAAGAUGAAGAUGAUGAAGAUGAUGAAGAUGAAAUGGAUGAUGAAGAUGAAAUGGAUGAAGAAAUGGAAAUGGAUGAUGAUCAAGAAGAAGAAGAAUCAUUAGAUGAAUCUGAAGAACCAGAUGAAGAAGAAGAAUCAAGACCAAAGAAAAGAAUUUAUAAACAAGUUGAAGAUAAAUCAGUUGAUCAAGUUGAAGAUCUUGAUUUAUCAGAUGAUGAAUAA